AUGGUGUCUAAGAACCAUACCACCCACAACCAAUCAAGAAAAUGGCAUAGAAAUGGCAUCAAGAAACCUAGAUCACAGAGAUAUGAGUCUCUGAAAGGGGUUGACCCCAAGUUUCUGAGAAACAUGAGCUUUGCCAAAAAACACAACACAAAGGGGCUGAAGAAGAUGCAGGCCAACAACACCAAAGCCAUCAAGGCCAGAAUAGAGGCCAUCAAGGCCCUGAGCACCAAGGCCUCCAAGGCCAAGGUCCUCAGGCCCAAGAUCCCCAAGGCCAGUGCCCGGUGUGCUGGCCACAGGAUGGCCAGCAAAUGUCCAGGCUCCGGGAUCACAAAGCCUGACUCUAAGGUUGCCAGAACCACUCACCCCAAGUCUGCCAAGCCCACUGACCCCAAGGCUACCAAGUCCACUGACCCCAAUGCUGCCAAACCCACUGACCCCAAGGCCACCAAGUUUGCCACCAUGGUCAGUAAGUCUGAUCCCAAGGCUCCCAAAUCUGGCCCCAAGGCCACCAAAUCUGACACUAAGGCCUCCAAGUCUGGUCCCAAGCUAGCCAAGACUAAUUCUAAGGCCACGAAGCCCAGUGAUUCCAAGGCUGCUAAGCCUACUGACCCCAAGGCGGCUGAGUCCAAACCCAAAGAUGGUGGGGCUAAAGCUGCUAGUCCCAAGCCUUCAAAAUAG